UGUGUCGGUACUGAUUUUGGAAAAGUGACAAGCGAAGGGGGGGGGAGAUUGAGAGAGUUGAGAGAGGGAGGCAGAGAGUGAAGCCAGCUCCUACCUUUCAAAGCCCUCCGGAAAGGAGGAAAAAAAAGUUUGGCUCCAUUAAGUCCAUCAGAAGAGCAGAGGUAGAGAGGAGCUCGCAGCCUGAGGGACCGGGAACGCUCCGAGUAGCCCCCAAAGCGAGCAGGAGAGUGGUACAUCCCGGGGAUUGGAAGGACCCUGCAUCCCGAGCCUACGGAUGAUUUAUUGGCUCUGCACAUCCAGAGGAAUGCACACAGCCAGGCACCGAUGCCCCUGCACCCUCCCACUCGUGGUCGCCCUGCUGGAGGCUGCCUUAUGGGGAUACAGAGCAGAAGGAACUGAUCUGUUAUUUGCUGCUGAUAUAGUGCCCACUUCAUCAUGGAACAUGUCCACCGAAAUAGACAAAGAUAUUUUCCUACAGCUUGAUGAGCCCAUGAAUAAUAUUACAACAUCACUGGGUCAGACAGCAGAAUUGCAUUGUAAGGUUUCAGGGAAUCCUUUGCCUACAAUACGAUGGCUAAAAAAUGAUGCUCCUGUUGUUCAGGAGCCAAGAAGAAUUUCAUUCCGUACAACCAACUAUGGAUCUAGAUUACGGAUAAAAAACCUUGACACGACGGACACUGGGUAUUUCCAGUGUGUGGCAACUAAUGGCAGGAAGACUGUGUCUACCACUGGAGUGCUGUUUGUCAAAUUUGGUCCACCACCUACAGCAAGUCCAGGAUCAGUUGAUGAUGAAGAGGAUGGAUACUGCCAACCAUAUAGAGGCAUAGCCUGUGCGCGGUUUAUCUUAAACCAUACCAUUUAUGUUGAGUCUUUGCAUAUGCAAGGAGAAAUAGAAAACCAAAUUACAGCGGCAUUCACUAUGAUUGGCACCUCCAGUCAUCUCUCAGACAAAUGUUCCCAGUUUGCAAUCCCCUCCUUGUGCCAUUAUGCCUUCCCAUACUGCGACGAAAAUGCCCCCCAUUCAUCUCCAAAACCCCGUGAUCUGUGUCGGGAUGAGUGUGAGAUUCUGGAAAAUGUGCUGUGCCAGGCUGAAUACAUAUUUGCCAGAUCCAAUCCCAUGAUUCUGAUGAGGUUAAAAUUACCGAACUGUGAGGACCUCCCACUGCCAGAUAGCCCAGAGGCAAGGAAUUGUAUAAGGAUUGGUAUUCCGAUGACAGAGCCCAUCAAUAAAAACCAUAAGUGCUACAAUAACACAGGAGUCGAUUACCGUGGCACAGUGAGUGCUACAAAAUCUGGCCGACAGUGCCAGCCGUGGAACUCCAACCAUCCCCACACUCACACGUUCAAUGCAAUCCGUUACCCUGAACUCAAUGGAGGCCAUUCUUACUGCAGGAACCCUGGGAAUCAUAGAGAAGCCCCCUGGUGCUUCACCUUGGAUGAAAAUGUCAAGUACGAGCUCUGUGAUAUUCCAGCCUGUGACUUUAAAGACUCAAAGGAAAAGAACAAAAUGGAAAUCCUGUAUAUACUGGUUCCUAGUGUUGCCAUCCCCCUAGCUAUUGCCCUGCUCUUUUUCUUCAUUUGCAUCUGCAGAAAUAAUCAGAAAGCUUCGUCUCCACCAGUGCAAAGACAACCCAAACAUGUGCGAGGGCAGAAUGUGGAAAUGUCCAUGUUAAAUGCUUACAAACCUAAGAGCAAAGCAAAAGAACUACCUCUUUCUGCAGUAAGGUUUAUGGAAGAGCUCGGGGAGUGUGCAUUUGGAAAGAUUUAUAAAGGACAUCUCUACCUUCCAGGAAUGGAUCAUGCACAGCUUGUGGCUAUCAAGACGCUGAAAGAUUAUAACAAUCCUCAGCAAUGGGCCGACUUUCAGCAAGAGGCAUCACUUAUGACUGAAUUGCAUCAUCCAAAUGUUGUGUGUCUUCUUGGAGUGGUUACACAAGAGCAGCCAGUGUGCAUGUUGUUUGAAUUCAUGAAUCAAGGAGACUUGCAUGAAUUUCUCAUCAUGAGAUCCCCUCAUUCUGAUGUUGGGUGCAGCAGUGAUGAAGAUGGUACAGUUAAAUCGAGCCUUGAUCAUGGAGAUUUCUUACAUAUUGCGAUUCAGAUUGCUGCAGGUAUGGAGUAUCUGUCAAGCCAUUUUUUUGUCCAUAAAGAUCUUGCAGCACGUAACAUAUUAGUUGGUGAACAACUUCAUGUGAAAAUUUCAGAUCUUGGGUUGUCAAGAGAAAUAUACUCAUCAGACUACUAUAGAGUUCAAAAUAAAUCUCUUCUUCCAAUUCGAUGGAUGCCACCCGAAGCCAUAAUGUAUGGGAAAUUCUCCACUGAUUCAGAUAUCUGGUCAUAUGGCGUUGUACUUUGGGAAAUCUUUAGCUUUGGCCUUCAGCCGUAUUAUGGGUUUAGCAACCAAGAAGUUAUAGAAAUGGCCAGAAAAAGACAGCUUCUUCCAUGUUCAGAAGAUUGCCCACCAAGAAUGUAUAGUUUGAUGACUGAAUGUUGGCAAGAAAUACCAUCCAGAAGGCCCAGGUUCAAAGACAUCCUUGUGAGACUGAGAACAUGGGAAGGUAUCUCUAGUCAUACAAGUUCAACUACACCUUCAGGUGGGAAUGCUACCACUCAAACAACCUCACUAAGUGCAAGCCCAGUAAGCAACCUUAGUAAUCAAAGAUAUCCCAAUUUUCUUUUCUCACCACAAGCAAUGCCGCAGGCCCAAAUUGCUGGCUUUAUUGCCCCACCCUUACCUCAGAAUCAGAGAUUCAUUCCAAUAAAUGGGUACCCAAUUCCACCAGGAUAUGCUGCUUUUCCAACUGCUCACUACCAGCCUCAAGCACCUCCAAGAGUGAUUCAGCACUGCCCACCACCAAAGAGUCGAUCCCCCAGUAGUGCCAGCGGAUCUACAAGCACUGGUCAUGUAACAAGCCUGCCUUCAUCAGGAUCGACCCAGGAUGCAAAUAUCCCUUUACUGUCACACAUGUCUAUGCAGAGCCAUACAGGCAACAUAGGCAUGCCACCUUUUGGAAGCAAAACAAACAAGCCAUACAAAAUGGACAUGAAACAAUCGUCUUUAAUAGAAGACUCAGAUAUUCACAGGCACAAUGAAUCAAUGAUUACGGCAGAGUUUUAACUUUGCAAUACUUUUGUAAAUACUAUAUGCAGUAAAAUAGGAAAGACAAACAAAAUUUUAUAUGAAAUAUUUUUAUUGAACUGAAGUCAUUCCAGAUGGUAACAGAAAAUUCCUACAAGUAUCUUCUGUGAAGUCAGAAUCCGUGCCUAAACAUGGUGGAAAACCUUCCAGUUCGGAAAGAGGUGUCAAUAUCUUGUAUUGAUUGUACAGUGACAGGUUUUACAAUACAGGGAAGGUAAAAGAGUUUGGAGAGCAGGGUUCACUACAAAUUUAUAUUGUAUUUAGGGCGUGCUUAUGCAUUAAUAAAUAACAUGCCUCUACGAUAUUUAUCAUCACAUUCAAAAUCAAAUUGUAAAAGCAGAAUUGCUUUCCCUUAGCCACAAAUCUUAUGUAAUGAAAGACAAGGGGCGUAUUUAUCAAAGAGUGAUGUUAGAGAUCGCCACAGUCCUCUAGAGUGAAAUUCCGCCACUCUCUAUUCAUUUCUAUGGGAUUUUGAAGACAUAUUUAU